AUGAAUUAGAGUACAUAAUAUACUAAAUCCAAAUUUGAAUUUGAUGAAAUAGUGUAACAAAUAGAAAGUGAUUCCCCUUUACAAACUGUAUAUAGAAAGAACAGUUUUGCUAUUAAAAAUCUAAAUUUAUAUGAAACUCCUGAAGAAGAAAUGGAACAAACAGAAUAUUCAGCCAAAAGUUUAUAAGAAAAUUAGUACACCUCACAAAUUUGA